AGAAGCUGGGCGUGGGCUCCUCCACUCCUCAUCCCCUCCGCUCUCUGUGGAAGCACAUUGUUCAACGCGGGCUCAUUGCAAACCAGCACUAAUGAAUGUUUCGGUGCAUUUUUAGUUCCUGAGAAUUAAAAAAAAUAUACACUUUUCUGACAGAGACGAGGCAGACACCUGAAGACGGAGGGAGGAAGGAAGGACAUCGAGGAACAUUUUGUAUUUUUUUGCCUCCUGAUUACAGCUCGAGAAGCAACAGAAAUUCAAAGAUUUUUUUCUUCUCUCAGCUCUCUCUCUGUCUCUAUUCCUCUCCAGUGGACGAAAAACGUCGCUCUUGUCGCUAAUUAGACCUCUGCUUGUUCAGCGUGUGUGGUGAGCAGCAGCGGCAAAAAUGACGGAGUACAAGCUGGUGGUAGUGGGAGCUGGAGGCGUGGGCAAGAGUGCACUCACCAUCCAGCUCAUCCAGAACCACUUUGUGGACGAAUAUGACCCCACUAUAGAGGACUCCUACAGGAAGCAAGUGGUUAUUGACGGGGAGACGUGCCUGCUGGACAUCCUGGACACUGCAGGUCAAGAGGAGUACAGCGCAAUGAGGGAUCAGUACAUGAGAACAGGGGAGGGCUUCCUGUGCGUCUUCGCCAUCAACAACACCAAGUCUUUUGAGGACAUUCACCAGUACAGAGAACAGAUAAAGCGUGUGAAGGACUCAGAUGAUGUUCCCAUGGUGCUUGUGGGAAACAAAUGUGACCUUCCUGCACGCACGGUGGACACAAGGCAAGCCCAGGAACUAGCUCGAUCCUACGGCAUCCCUUACAUUGAAACCUCUGCCAAAACACGACAGGGAGUAGAGGACGCCUUCUACACACUGGUUAGGGAGAUCAGACAGCAUAAGCUGAGGAAGCUGAAUCCACCCGAUGAAAGCGGUCAGGACUGUAUGAGCUGUCGCUGUGUGGUAUCGUGAUGCAGAUCACCAGUACAUGUUGAGGAGAAAUGAAACAGCACGAAGUGGCAGCAUGGACUUGAAGACAGAAAGCUUAAACAACUCAAUGACGAAAUAUAAACUUUUUCAAAAAAGAAGAUGAUUGAAGCAAAAGCUCUCAAGGAAACCACCAGGGCUGAUUGAACCAUAGACUUUUAUGGAAAGGAGGAUUUUGGACUGUCACCUGAGUGGCUAGCUGAACUAGCCUGGUCCGGUCCCUUCUUUUUUGUUGGUCCACAUUGACCUGUGAGCAACACCACUAACGACUCUUUGUCAACUCCAGUGUGGUCUCACUGGGUAGCUCCACAAUUUUCCUGCUAACUUAUUGUUUUCAGUCUCAACACUGGUCGUACAGGGGGUGUCCGUCACUUCCUCCCACCUUGAAAGCCUAAUUCCACUUCCCCCUGCCUGGCUGCUGGAAGGACUGACUGAUUUAAAUGGAAAGGACUGGAAUGGACACCCCUCACAUAAAGAACCCCCCCUUCACUCUGCCUACCUGCCUUUGGUUCCCUUUGAAUGGCUAUGUAGUACCUUGGUUAUUCUGGAUGCAGGGGCUGGAGGCUGACAUGGGAAAGACUGUAAUUCUUUUGCCUAGCUGUAAAAAAAAAAAAAAAAAAAAAAAGAAACUUUUUGGAUUUUGUUUUUGAUAUGAAACAUUUUUUUUUUGUGAUUGGAAGGUCUGAAAGUCACUGAGCACUAAAAGUGAACAAGGGUGCUUAUUUCAGAUGGCACCUGGUUUGACAUUUUUAUUGACCUGCCUGAGGUAGUUUCUUUUUGGAGUAGGUAUCGUGAAUGGAAAAUAUAUAGAUAGAUGGAUUUCCAGAAUGCAGCUGCCUUCUCUCUUUACAUAUGUUUCAUUGCGAGUUGUCUUUGUGGAAUAAUAAUAGUAACGGCUAGUGUACGUAGAUUCUGGUGCAAUAGAGUUCUUGACUUUCCAAAUUACACAAAGUAUUGGGAAUAAAUCAUCUUCCACGACUACCUAUUUUUCUGUUUUACUUUGGUUCAAGAAGGAGAGGUACAGUCCAUGAAGAUGUAGAUGUUGUCUAAAGCAGAAGAGGUUACCUGUAGAAUGGGCCGAAUACUCCACACUUGUACAGUUACACAGUGACAGAUUGACAAAGCAGUUGAUUUUUCUUGCAUUUCUUUUCAGUGACUGGAUGGUGUAUAACUGUUGUUUACUACAUGGUGAUUUUUAGAUUGCUAGAAUUGUUCCUUGUGAACAAUAAGGCUCAGGAAUCGGGGUCCAGGAAGGUCUCACGUAACGGUCCUGGAAACCAGGUUAAGGGAUGUCACAAGUCAGUUUUGCAGAGUGUAAUGCACAAGUCCUGCCUCAGAGUUGAACUUCAGUUUCUCCACACACCAUACUAUCCUCAAACCGCUCCUCUUCCUCUGCCACCUUCAGCUUUUUAAAUGAACAAUAACAAGUCAGGUGCUAGUCAUGUCAGAACCAUAGUUACUGUAUAUGUGGGACUAUUGUGUGUAGCAGGCGACGGAUAGCGAGUUAUGGGAGCGCAUUGUUUGGUUUCUUAAUACAGUCGGGCUUGUGCUCUCCAUGACUGUAUUAAUUUGCUGCCUAAAUAAAAGACUGAUAUGUGUUUACUUUGCCUUAUCUGUCAACUAGUUUGUACCUCAUUUAUGCAGCAAGGUCCAUGAUUGUCUGUUCUGUUUGCUGUACUGUUGUUAUGUUUGAAUAUGUGUGCAACAAAAAAAAAAAUACAAAUGUGUUGACUUUAGAUAUGCGCUGUACAGAAUUUGAAAGGCGAGUCCCUGAAAACACUACACUGAUUUUGACUUGUCCUGUGACGGCAUGUUUGUCAGUUCUUGAGAAGGUCCAGUGUAAGCCAAGUUUUUAGAAAUACGAUAUUGAUCCUAUUUUAGGCUUGUUACAUUGAAAUAAAUCAUGUUAAUAACUCAACAUUGUUGCAAUUGGGGCAAAUUAUUCAGAGACUGUACUAGAUGAUUGAUUCGGCUGUAUUUGGUGACGCAUUUAGACACUACAGGCAGGUUUAGGCAACAUGCUUCAAAUGCAAACCUCAGACACCUUCCUCUGUAAAAGAUGUCGAAUGUCAUUUGGCCUUCGUCUCCUUUCAACUGUUUUUUUUUUCUGGAUUUUGUACAGUUAAAAUAACUCUUCUCACUCAUGCCAUAGCUUACACGAAUAUGACCAAUCUGUGUGGAUGACGGUGGUCGAGUUGUUUAUCAGUUACCUGUUCAUUUUGCCCGCUUGAAGAAAUAAUAUGAACUGUGAAUGUGUUUGACUCCUUAGAUAUUGUUUGAGAGAAGCCCUGUGUUUUAAAAUUUAUAGUAUUGAAAUGAUGCAGGGGAUGAUCCUUGGCUCUGCUUUUGACCGUGUUGUUCUCAACUUUUUAUUUUUCAUCCAUUGUACUCAAACAUUUUAAUGAAAAAAAAAGCUUGGAGUUUUUAAAAUGUAAUUACAGUCCUGAUGGUAUGCUUGUCCUCUCCCUGUCAAAUCUUUAAACAGUACAACCAUGAUAAUAAUACCAUAGAAUUCCACUGAUCUAUGCAUUCGAAUUCCCAUCGCAUUAGAAUAUCAGCAUCAUGUUGUCGCAAUACUCAGCCAGCAAACCACCAGUAUACGUGUCAGAAAACCUGGCGAGCAUGACAAAGACUGUAGGGACCAUUGGGGGUUUUGCACAAGGAUACAGUGGGCACAAGGGCUUGUUUCUCCCCUUGCAAACUGUGGGAUGGAGGUGUGGAAAGAAUUUUGUGAAAAUGUCAACUGUUUAGCUAUUUAAGAUGUAUUUACUCUUUGAAAAUGUGGCAAAUGUAUUGCAGGACAGGAAUAAAGAUGUCAAGAUGAA